CGCACACAGGUGCAGGUUUUUACCAACAUUAGCGCCUUGCUCAGCCAGCCGUGAGGCAGAGCUACGGUGUGCGCCAACGCUCCGGUGAACUCUCCUCCAUUGAAGCAGGCCACAGAUUUAACCGCCGACCGGAGCAGAUCCAGACAUCCACCGCCGAGCGGCUGCAACGGCGCUCGGAACAGGAGCGAAAAACACCACACGCAGAGAAAAUGAGCGCUGUUACCGGAACGUCCAGCGGGAGUAGUGCUGGCCCUCCAGCACCUGGCGGGAACGGACCCGUUGACAUCAGCAACUGGAACUUGUACGGGCGCUCCUCCUCUGGGAGGCCGGCUGUGUGGCUGGUUGGGCCGAUAGUCGGGGCAUGUACGGAGACGACCGCAAGGAUCCUCGUGGAGAUGGACCAAACGACUGUUGUGUGCAUGAACGCUUUCAUGGACGGGCGUAAGGUCGCCACCGUGUCCAAGGAGGUGAGAGCCAAGACCCCGACGGCGUUCAGCCUGAGGGGUUUCAAGCCGGGGAAGCGUAUCCGUGUCGUGGUGGACGUGGGGGAGUUCGGGCAGGAGCGGGAGGCUCGGUUCACGACGACGUCGGACAAGACGCUGUGGAAGAUCGGGGCCGUGAGCUGUAACUGCCACACGCACAUCGAGAAGUUGGGAUUGUGGGACCGCCUUUCUACCGUGGUGGGUGACGUUGACUGCGUGCUGCACCUGGGGGACCAGAUCUACGCCGACGAAGAUUUCGGCGCCAAGAGCGGCGGCAGCGUGCGUUUCGAUUCGGCGUGGCAGGCGUGCUUGACGAUGUUGGAGGACGUGGACCGGAGUGGGUGGGACGCCCUGCGGCCGCAGCUGCUGGAGUGCUACAGAAGAACAUACCGCAAAUUCGUGCGAGGCAUCGAGCAUGGUUCUUGGAACGGUCCACGACGGCCAGCUCAAGGGAUGCUUUUGUUCAGCACAAUGUUCUGGACAAGAAGCAUCCCUUUAAACAUGGGAACUUCCCCGUUCGUUGCCAAGGUUCUGGCGAGCACGGCGAACUACAUGAUCUGCGAUGACCACGAGUUCGUGGAUGACCUCGGGGACGAGCCGGAGCACAGCAACCACACGACGCCAGACUUUUACGUGGCUAGGGUGGGGUAUCAGGUGUACUGCGAGUACCAGAAGCAGCUCUUGAACGAGAUCGACGUGACGGAUCACACGCUGAGGCCAUUCUACGCGUUCCGACUGAGCCCCAAGCUAGGCUUCUUCAUGACCGAUAAUCGGGUCGAGCGUAGCCUUCACCGGUACGAGGAUGGCACCUCGGAGGCGGAGUGGAAGGACCGAGAGUUCCUGGGUCCGAAGCAGUGGACCCGCCUGGAGCAGGCGUUCCGGACGGACUUCGCGGACUGCGAGACGGUGCUGUUCGGGGCGCCCACCCCACUGGUCUUCAUCAGUCAGGCGGCGACCGGUGUCGCGGAGAAGAUCAUCGACGACGCCAGGGGCACCUGGGGGCACAGGAGGUUCAUCACGGAGCAGAAGGCUAUGACGUCUCUGUUGAGCAACUGGCAGACGGCCAAGCCCAACCGCGCCGUCGUGACGCUUGCGGGUGACGUCCACAUCGGGGGCUUCACGGACUCGUGGCACAACGAUGCGAGCGUGCCGCUGCACCAGAUGACCGCGUCUGCCGUGGGCAACACGCCGGAGAAGGACCUCGACAUCGUCAAGGAGAGCCUCCUGCGCGGGAUCAUGCACGCGGACGAGCACAUGUUCGAGUUCAAGGUGAAGCACCACGGAUGGAUCUUCGGUCCGAACUUCGGCGUGCUCGACAUCCAGCUCGCCACCGGGGGACGGCCGGAUAUCGCAAUGACUCUCGUGCCGCACGUGGGAGAUCCCAAGAUCCGGAACCUCGAGCUCGGAAACUCUAAGAUCAGCGUCACCAACCCAAACCAAUCGGACGCCUCCCGCGCUGCCCACGCCUGCGCGAAGACCUUGGACCAUUCCCCCCGCCGGCGUACCCGUGGCUAAGACCGGCUGCAGCUGCACGGUGUCUUGAUGAUAGGAAGGGCGACCGCCGCCGCCGCGGAUUCGCAGCUACACGGGUGUCUUGAUGAUGGGGACUGACUGCCGCCGCAAAAGGCUUCGUUUACGGACUGCCUUCCGCAGCAGCAACGAAGGUAGAUCGAGCGGUCAUGUGGCAAGCGUGUUGAUGCGAAGGAUGGGUGGCUUCUUCUUGCAGGCGUAGUGGCGUUUCGUCCGUGGCGUCAUCCAGCCGCCUCUUUGCUCUGUCCGACGCGGCCCGUUCCGUAAUGUAUAGUAGCGCUUUUUUUUUUGUGUCGCCGGUGUGGCUGAAUUCACUCCUGGCAGGUCUAAUAUGUCGAUGGUUUCUCGCAGUGGGGCUGGGAGUGCAUUCCCCGGGCUUGGUGGGUGGUGUGAUGCGUUCGUUGCCUGGUCGAGCCGACCGGCACCAUGUGUGUUUUGGUUGUUUUUCGAUGUGGCGCUGGUGGAUGACCAUUCACCGUUCGUACCUGCUAUUGUCUAGUUUUUUUGCUUUGGUUGUUUGAGAAAGGGGGAGGGCACACGGGAGAGGCAGACGCUGUGAGAGAUUUAUAGCGUUGAAGGAUGGAUCAACGCAGCCUUGGGGCCUUGAGGUUCUACAUACUGGCAGUGGUUCUGCAUCGAUCUGGCAUUGGGAGCUUGGAGGGCUCGGCCUCACUCGAACAGCACUAGCAUUGUAGGGAGGGGAGGGGUGUGAUGAGGCUCGAGGGCGCGAUGUUGGCUUAGGUGGAGUCACUCAAGCACCGGAAGCUACAAAGGGGCUCUGCGUGAUCACUCGAGCCUGGUCUCGACCCCCUUUUCACGGUGUUGUUGGCCGCCUCCCCCCCCCCCCCUGGGUUCCUCGUGGACAAACCGGGCGGGGUAACCGCUUUUUUGUCAGUCUUGUAAUCGGUACAACAGUUCGUCGGAGGUACGAUAGUGAAAAUAGUUAUUAUAGCUGGGUCCGUGCACGUUGCCGUAAGAUCCAUCGGUCUCGCGUUUGCUAGGCCCAUGGCUGGCUGUGGUGGUGUUAGAAAGGGCGCAGUAUCCCGCGUGCUUGUUGCGGUAUAGACGUAGGAGCACCUUUGAGUCUGGUACACUCGUCCUCAUUUAGGACGAACCUGAGCGAUUUUGUGUUCUACAGUAUGUCUAUGACGAGGUUCCACCUGAAAGGUGGCGAAUCAUGCAGACCGUCGAUCGAUCAAACACGCGUCGUAUUGUUUUUCAGUUUGACGUACCGAUGGCAGAGUGCUAUGCCAUGCGACGGAGCUGGAGUGAUGCGUGAGUUUUUGCACACUUUCGUCAGACGGCCCUUCCUGGGUUCUUCAAUACCUGCAUUGCGUCUGUGGUGCCUGGUGCUGCUGCUGCAGUUGAUUGUUGGUUGUUGUUGUUAAUGUUGCCGUUGUUGUCUUUUCAUACACUAAAAGAAAAACUUUCUGUC